AUGGAACUGAAAUGGAAGAGCCAACCUGUGAACGUUCUCCUCGGAUGCGUCGUGGCCCUCUGCUUUUGUGCACUUUGUCCGGCUGAGAGACUGUGCACGGUUCCUCCGGGCCCUGUGACAGUCCCUGAGAACAGCACGCUCGACGUUGAGGUGGUUAAGAUCGACUCCCUUAAUGAUGUGGAGCUGACCCUCACUGUGAACCCUGAAGAUCUGUUCUACCUGAAAGGAAACACUCUGAUGGUGAAGAAAGGCCUGGACUAUGAGUCGUUGGAUAGUUUAACUCUGACGGUGUGGGUGCAGUGCAGCAGAGAAGAGUCCAUAUCUGUGAACGAGCCUGUUGAGGUUUUAGUUGAAAACGUGAACGACAACCCUCCAAACUUUGCACAAAGCCAUUACGUACUGGAGGUGAAUGAGCUCACUGCAGUCAACUCCAGUUUGGGACUGAUAGAAGCCUCAGAUGUGGAUUCAGAGCCGCUGUACUAUCGCUUAGAGCCUGCAACAGAUAAAUAUUUCCGACUGGAAAACAUCAACACUCCAAAGAUAAUUGUUAAAAGCAUCCUGGACUACGAUGUUGUGCAGAAGAUCCCUCUGGUUUUACACGUGCAGGACACGCUCAACGGCUCGGCCUCCAACGAGCCCUUCUUCACGUCGGUGGCCACCAUCACGGUGCAGGUGAAGGACGUGGAUAACCGGCCGCCAUGGUUUCAGCCAUGUUUGAGGACCAACUUGGGAAUCGCCAAACUGUGUGUGAGCACCGGCUACAGGGGCAAAGUCAACCUCACCGAGAAGGAGGACGGGCCGUUGGUGCUGGAGCCGGGUCCGGUGUUCGCUAAGGAUGGAGACAAGAACCGGAGCGAGGUGAUCAGCUACAGGAUCCUGCGAGGAAAUGAGGGGAACAUUUUCCAGAUUGAUGAGGACACAGGAAACAUCUCCAUGGCUAAAGCUGCUGACAUUGUCGGCCCAAUAACUCUUACUGUUCUGGCGUCUCAGGUGACAAACAGGGAUCAGUUUGCUGUGACGCAGGUGACCAUCGAAGUGAUGAAGAAAAGCAGGAACCCUCCUCGCUUUGAGAAGGAACGAUAUGAAGGCUUUAUCUACAGCAACUCUGUUCCCGAGAGCAUGAUCCUCAGAGACCGGAGCACCAACCGGCCCUUCAGGGUCAGAGCGCGGGACGAGGACUUCUCCGCUGGUACGAAUCCCGAUGUGAAGUAUGAGGUUCAGUACAGCAGCUACGUCAACGUCACCACCGACGGGUUUGUUAUUUUGAAGAGAGUCGUGAAGACGGAGUCUUUUGCACUUCAGCUCAGAGCUGUGGACUCGGCGACAGGGGAGUUUGGAUCAGCUGCCCUCUCUGUUCAGGUCAUUCCAGCGGUGGCCAUCCCGUCCCCCUCUAACGUCGGCUACCGUCCGGGCGACAUGGCGCUGCUGGGUCUGGUGAUGGCGGCUCUGCUGGUUCUCUGCCUCAUCGUGAUUGGCUUCCUGAUUUCCCGCUUGUGGAAGGGAAACGGCAGCAUGGACAAAAUAUGUGAGUGCCUGGGCCCCUGCCUGAAGUCGGAUCAGCACUCCGGCCACAGGGACUCCCUGCAGUACACCAAUGACGGCUUCCAGACCGAGGGCGACGCCAGCCGCGGGGGGGGCAAGCGCUCAAACCACGUGGUCCCCAGACGGAGCACCUUCCCCCAGGCUCGAGGCCGGGUCAUGGAGGGACGGAACCGCAACUGCUCCUCCUGUGGCGUCUGCAGCAACCACGUCCCCAAGGGGAGCCCCUCGGUGAGGACGUCCAAGAAGGGAAGGGGAGAUGGGGACGAAUAUGGCAUGAGGUCCAUGGCUAACAAGCAGAGGAGGAAGGAGGGCCAGAAGACCGUGUGGUUCAAGCAGAGCGAGGACUCCUCCGACAUCGAGGUGGAGAUUAUCCCAGACACUGUGGGCCGGGUGGAGGAGGAGACGGAGGAGGAGCUGGAUAUGGAGGGGGUGGUCAGAGAUCCGGCUGCCCCGCUGAGAGAGGCUGAGGGGGAGAAGGAGAGUGAGAGCGCAGAGCCCGAUGAGGAGAAGGACCGCGGUAAAGAGAAGGGAGGCGAGGAGAAGGAGGGCUGACAGCAGAGGUCAGAGGUCAAACUCCAGACGGAGGAUGAAACUCAGCUGGUUGUUGUUGGUGUCACUUUUUGGAGACAGCAGCAGGGAGGACUCAGGAGUCCAGCAUGACACUUCCAACAUCUCUGAAAACCCCAAGAAUACAUGCAAGUAUCCAAAAAGUAUUUAUUAUUUUCCACCUUGAGUAUCAUAGUGUACACCAUCCGUCUGUAUACAAUAUUGCAGAAUACACUAUGAGAUCAAUACUCAUAAAGAUGGCUCCUUUUAAAGGUUCAGUCUAGCUUCACACAUCUCUGGUGUUAUUCUCGUAGUCUUGGCUAAAAUUAAAGCAUCAUUGCUACAAACAGUCUGUUCCCAGAUCUCUGCAGGUAUUUGGUGAGUACAAUGUUCUUAUUAUGUAAUAUUAUGUAAAAACGGUGGCCAAAGUUACUAAAACAAGAUCCAAGUUGUAUUAAAGGGAAAUGUUGUAAAUAGAUAAGUAAGAUUACUUUCUAAUAAGGCACCAUUUAUUUCAAAACAUUUAUACAUUUCUAAAAGGGCAGCACCUAACUUUUAAUUGUCAAAUUAUCUGAGGAUUCAUUUCUCAAUUAAUCCAAUAACUGUUUCCUCUUCAUACAGUAUGUUUACAUCACAAUUGUUUUAAGCCAAUUUUGAAGCAAUACGUAAAGUAUUGCUUUGAAUGACUUAAAGGUCUCUUAUCGUGCAAAAUGCACUUUUCUAUGUCUUUUUUACAUAAAUGUGUCCCCGGUGUAUCAGGGAUCUCACAAAGUGUCAAAAAAUAAAACCCUCUCUCUUUUCCUCCGUACCCACAUAUCUAAAAACGGGGGUACA